AUGGCGAAUAAUACUCCGUCAGACGGUCCAGCGAAACCCGGCGGGGCACCAGCAAGUCGGGCUGCCCCGCGGGAGUCUACACGACCGGCAGGGAUGCAGAACCGAUCCCGGCCGCCACCCCCUAUCAACAACCCGACUUAUGACGCUGAUGUGAUAUCAGACUUUAGGUUCGUGACUCUCCACCCACCCGACGGUACCGGACAGCAGGACGAGACGGGGACGGAUCCUGACGCACAGGCGGGUGGAGGUGGUGACGCGUCCAGGCAGGGUCCCAGACAACCUCGGAACCGGGACGCAUCGACCGGUCCCUCGGCCCCGGGGCCUGCCCGAGGGCACGGCGGGUCAGCUGGUGAUCAGACGAACAGCCCGAACCAGCCUCCAGCCGCCGCGGGGGAAGGAGACGCCAUCUGGGACCAGCUACGUCAUUGGUUCCAAGGCCGAGGUCUCACCAUCAUCAUCAUCAUGGCGUCCGUUGUCAUGGUAACGCUGGCGAUCUCGGUCCCUGUGCACGUCAUCCUGCUGCACUCCGGCUCCCUGCCGCAGCUCCAUCACUCUCCCGUGACCAACAAACGUGGAACGGACACUGGCGAUACCGCCUGGCCAGCCGGGCCCAGGGCUGUGACGUCGGCUGACGUCAUCAUGGUGGGUCCGGCCCGUGGACAUGGCCCUCCUGCCGCAGGCCCUGCGAAAGUGGAGCCAGCAGGACCUACACCAGCCACCGGGCCACUUUCCGUGGACACUGAAGAAGUGUCUGGCGGCAGUGCACAUACCAUCACCUUUGGCGAUGAGUCGGGGGCUGGAAAACUCCGCAGCGCACGCGGAGUCGCGGUUUCCCCCGACAACAAGAUCUGGGUGGCUGAUCAGACUAAAACCCGUCUCCAAGUGUACGGCAUGGCAGGCGCCUUUCUGUACCAGUUCCCCCAGCUGGGUGCACCAGGGCUGGCAAAGAAGCUAUCUGAUGUGUCCAUCGACAGAGAUGGUCACCUGUGGGUCUUGAUGAAUGGGUACCCUGCCAGCCCUGACUCCCUGGUGCAGUUGGACAGGGAAGGUCAUUCCAAAGCCAAGUUUGACCUCCCUGACAACGUGCCCAGGGGAGUGCACCGCGGGAUGGCUGUGGGCUUGCGCAUCAACCACGUUUAUGUCACCUGGUCUAACGGUUACAGUGGUGGUGUGCAAGCCUUUCAGCCGGAUGGGAAAGUCGUGUGGGGAGUCGGUCCUCAGCAGCGGAUGAAGGCGCCGAUACACGUCGCCGUUGACGGGGAAGGCAACAUCCUCGUCUCCGACUUCGACACCCACCACAUCUACGUGUAUGACAACGCCGGGCAGUACGUGAGGAAGUUAGGAGGACCGGGGCUGAGAGGUGGCUACCUGAAUCGUCCCCAAGGCAUCUGUGCGGACAGUUCCGGUCACAUCUUGGUGGUUGACUCUAGCAACCAGCGCGUGGUGGUGUACACAGGCCGGGGUAGAUAUGUCCGCCACAUCGCCGUCCGUGCUCGAUCCCCAACAGGGGUUGCAGUGGGGCCGGGAGGACAGUUGGUUGUGAUCAACAAAAACACAAUCACUGUCUUCCCCCGCUACUGACAAUGAUGCACAAUGAUGGCCCUUGUAUGGUUGGAUGAUAUAAGUGUAUUGGA